AGUGACGUACCCCAGCGAAGCUCGAGAACACACCUUUGCUGACGUAAGUUGUUUAAGCUUUCUCAAACUUAUCAUUACAUACGAUUGUAAGUAGCCUUCACCGUCUUCCCAAUGUAUAGUCCAAGAGCGUAAUCUUGUACAUAGAGUUUUGGGGAAUUCAGAAAGCAAUAAAGUUUACCGAUACGCAUAACAAUGACAGAACUUUAGUCUCUAUAUAAUACCAUAUGACUGAUAACAUGCUGUUUAAGUGGCAUAGUGUGGAGUAUAAAAGUGGCUGUGAUUCCAGCAUCUGAAUUACUAGAAGUGCAGACUUUGUGGUAAAAAUGUUCAAGCUUUUCGUUUUCGUGACCCUUGCCACUUUGGCACUCAGCGAGGAUCUUCCAACUCCUCAUGACUUCAUCAACGCCAUCCAUGAUUUGGAGGCUGGACGCUUCGUUGAGUACACGGACAGCGACAAGGGCAACUUUGUUGUUGGUGGCAGCACUGCCUCCGUUGGCCAGUUCCCAUACCAGGCUUCCCUGAGGAGUUCCGCCAAUGCUCACUUCUGCGGUGGUAUCCUCGCCAACAACCGCUGGGUUGUUUCUGCUGCUCACUGCACUGUUGGACGUACUCUUGCCAACACCAGAAUCAUCCUUGGAGCUCACUCCAGGACUACUGGUGGAACCAACUUCGCCACUGGCCGCAUUGUCAACCAUCCUAGCUACAACUCCAACACCAUUGCCAACGAUGUCUCUGUUCUCCAGACCUCUGCCAAUAUUGGUUUCACCAAUGUUAUCCAGCCAAUUGCCCUUGGAUCCGCCAAUGUUGGUGGUGGUGUCACCGCUGUUCUUUCUGGAUGGGGUCUUACCUCCAGCCCUGGAAGCUUGGCUGCUAACCUUCAGUUCCUCCACAAGCAGACAAUGACCAAUGCCAACUGCCAAGGCCGCGUCGGUGGAAAUGGAAACCUCAUCUUUGCCCACAAGAUCUGCGCCGGAGGUGUCACUGGACAGGGUGCCUGCUCUGGAGACUCUGGUGGCCCACUUGCUGCUGGUGGCUCUGCCAUUGGUAUUGUUUCCUGGGGUAUCCCAUGCGCUCGUGGCUUCGCUGAUGUCUACGAUCGUGUUUCCAGCCACAGGAACUGGAUCAUUGGACACUUCUAAGAACCUUCGACUUGCUCUCCUAAUGCCAAUUUUAAUUAACAAGCAAAAUAUAAGCAUUUGAUCUUGCUAAA